AUGGCGCCCGCCCGGCGCGCGAGGGGCUGGGGGCGCCGGGCGCAGAGCGCACGCCGCUGGCCAAGCCCGCGGACGAGUUCUGGGGCCUCCGCCGGCCGCCCCCGCCCCCCGGCGCGGCACUUUCAGUUUUGCCUCCCCCUGCGGCCCGGGCCGCGGCGGGCACCGGGGACUACCGGGUCCUCGCGCGCGCCGCCCGCGCCUCCACCCUGGGCUCUGACCGCUCUCCGGCCGCGCCGCGUGCUCAGCCGAUCCCGCUUUGUCUGCUCCUUAACCGGAGAUCGGGCCCCGCCGGACUGCGGGGUCUCUCCCGCGGCGCGAGGGGUGUGGGAGGCAAGUCCUACCCUAGAUGCGCUCUCAGGAGGUGAGGACGCGGCGGGGAGCCCCCGGGGACGCCCGGGCCAGUGUGAGCCUUGCCCGUCCCCGGGCGCACAGCGAGUUGGCGAGGUGGCCCGCACGUUCGGCCAGGGGAGGGGGACGUGCGGGACCAGUGGCCCCGUCCGCCGGCGGGCUGACACUCGGAUGCGGCUACCUACGGCCGCGCCCCGGGGAUCCGUGGAGACGCGCGGCCCGCUUUGCCCAGCUGUUAUAUGGAGGAGUGUCUCACCCCAACUUGCAGAGGAGCCCUGGUCCCCGACGCCCUUCGCAGGCGGUCCUUCUAACAUAAAAGAUCUGCUGACUUUUCCUUCCUCCUCUUCAAAGAGGCCCUCACACCUGACUCCGAGGAGAUGCUAUCUGAACUCUGGAUAUAGAGGAAAAUUGAUGAAGAGCAAGGUGAAGGAGGAGGAGAGAAGAUGAUAAAGAUGCUGGUUACGUCAAUUAAGAAAGAAAACAAAGCAAGAACAGAAGCCAGCCUGCCAGCUCUUGUUGCUGGGGUGGGUAGAGAAUGGUCCAGCUGCCCUCCCCACGUCCUCCCCUGACUCCUCUGCUGUGUGUUUUGAGACACUGAGACCCCCAGCCGAUAAGCAACUAUAUUGCAUAUACUCAAGCAGGAAAGUGGUUCUAAGUUAUGGAAUGAAGAACUGGGUCUCUUUCUCCUUUUGUGAAGGCAUGAGUGUGUGUGUUUAGUCGCUCAGUUGUGUCCGACUCUGCAACCUCAUGGACUGUAGCCCACCAAUCACCUACCCCAAUAAACUGCACCCAUUUUGAAUUUAAAAUGUGAUGCCUUUUGACAAAUGUGGAACCACCUCUUCAGUGCAAACAUUUCCAUCACUCUGGAAAUUCCCUUAUGCCCCUUGCAGUCAAUCACCUCUUCCUCCCCAGCCACCAGCACCCACAGAUCUAAUUUAUGUGCCUGUUUUGCUUUUUCCAGAAAGUCAUAAAAACGAGGUUAUACAGGACAUAGCCCUUUGUGUCUGGCUUUUUACACUUAGAACACUGCCUUUUAGAUCCAUCCACAAUGCAUGCAUGCUGAGUAUUCUGUCAUAUGGAGACACUAUAGUCUGUUCAUCCAUCUAUCAGCUGAUGGACGUGGGGGUUGUAUCUGGCUUUUGGUGAUAUGAAUAAAGCUGCAUUUAAGUCCUUUUUCUUCUCUCUCAGGUAAAUACCUAGGAGUGGGAUUCUUGAAUCCUAUAUAAGUAGAUACUUAAGAAGAAACUGCUCAACUGUUUUCCAAAGUGGUAGGACCAUUUUGCAUUCCCACCAACAAUGUAUGAAAUUUCAGCUGGGGAUGGCUAUAAACAACAACAAAAACCCAGAAAAUACCAAGAGUGGACAAGGAUGUGGAGACAUUGGAAGUCUCACACCUUGCUGAUCAGGGUGUAAAAUGGCUCAGCAACCCAGAAUGACAGUUUGAUGAUUCCUCAAUAGGUUAAAUAUAGAAUGAUCACGUGACCCAGCAAUGCCACCCUUGGGUACUAAAUAUCCCAAAUAAUUGAAAAUAGGUGUUCAGCAAAGCCUGUACACAAAUGUUUAUAACAGUUAUUCAAAAUUGUCAAAACAUGGAAACAGCACAAACGUCCACUGAUGGAUGGACGGAUUUACAAAACACAGUGUAGCCAUACAAUGGAAUAUUAUUCAGUCUUUAAAAAGAAUGAAGUACUUGUUGGAUAUCACUUAUAUACAGAAUCUAAAAAAUAUAACAUACUAGUGACUAUAACAAAAAAGAAGCAGACUCACAGAUCUAGAGAACGAGCUAGAAGUUACCCGUGGGGGUGGUGAGGGGAGAUUUAGGGGUGGGAGAGUGGGAGAUACAAACUGUUGGGUGUAAGAUGGGCUCAAAGAUGUAUUGGGAAAUACAUCCAAUACACAGCUUGGGAAAUACAGCCAAUAUUUGGUAAUAACUGUAAAUGGAAAGUAACCUUUCAACAUCAUGUAACAAAAUCUUUCAAAAUAAGGAAUGAUAUACUGAUGUAUGCCACAAAAUGGAUGGACCUUAACAACAUUAUAUAAAAUGAAAUAAGCCAGGGGGAAACAAUCACGUAUUGUAUGGUUCCAUUUAUAUGAAAUGUCCAGAAGAGGCAAAUCCAUAGAGACAGAAAUUAGAUUAGUAGUUGCCAGGGGUUAGGAGGAGGGGAUGUAUUAAUCAUGUUUUCCAUUUUCUGUAUUUUAUAAUGCUUUGACUUCUUGGGGCCUCCUGGGCCCAGAGAGGGACUGCCCCUCCCAGAGUCAGCUGAUUCCUGGAGAUAGCAAACAGCUUGCCUUAGGACAUCCCCUUUGAUAUGUAAACCGACCCAGCUCAUCUGUCUGGAACACGGUUCCUUCCCUAAAGUACCCCAGGACCAGUUAAACAACAACUCGGGUCCAUCUUCACAGACCCAGCUGCUCAAAGUGUUUCACGCUCCAACCGGAAGUCUGCUCAACUCGCUAGCGCACCAUGCCUUGCCAGCCCCACACAGACCAUGAUACAGGCUCCCACCCACACGUCCCCCUCUCAUCUACCUCCUGACCACCCUGGCAUUUUCUCCAGCGGCCCUGCUGUCUCUCUCCUUGGAUCUGUAAGUAUAAAAAUUUCCUGCUUCCUGACAGUCACAUCUGUUUCUGUGUGCCUUAGCUCACCUAAUUAAAACAAACCCCAGUAACAUUUAAAACGGGGGGGGGGGAUAGGAAGUGACUUUAAUGUGUAUAGGUUUACCAUUUGGGUCGAUAACAAUAUUCUGGAAUUAGGUAGUGGUAUUCAUGGGGUCGCAAAGAUUUGGACACGACUGAGUGACUGAACUGAACUGAAUGGCUGCUCAGCGUUGUGACUGACUCUAAGGGUAAAUUUUAUUCUCUAUUUUGCAUGUCUAUGUAGACAAUCAUGUUGUCUAUGAAUAAAAUGUUUGCAUCCA